ACCACCGAAAACUGACGAUCUUUUUAUUCUUUCCCUGUCUCACAGCCCCCCAAAAAACAGAAAGUCUAGCAGCACCCACAGAGUUGGAGAACCAGAGAAAAGAUGAAUUGAAGAUUCACAGAGUGUCUUGCAUGUCAUGUUUGCAGACUUGGAGAAUGGCCUAAUGGGUAGUGGGAUUUGGGGAGGGCCUUAUUCGCCUCUCUGAAUUCCCAUAACCUUUAUUUUUGUAUGGUUGAUCAUUCACUCUGUAGUCUGCUGCAACCAAGCAAGUCUGGAUAAGUGCAAGAGGGUUCAAGAAAGUCAAGGGAGCAGAUACAGAAAGUGAAAGAAAAUUCAAGAAUUCAAGUUCUGGGUUGGUUAAUUUAUGAUUGGAGUGUUUUUUUUUCUGGAUGUGCUGUGGGGUUGAUUGAGCCUUCCGGUGGAAAUAAUCUUGAUGAGCUGCAAAAUGGUUCUCUGGACAUUAUAAAGGCAAAAGAAGCAUUACUGGUAUCUGAAGAGCAAGAGUAGUCAUUCUGGUAGACCAGAGUUUAAAAUGUUCUUUUCUUGAUUGCACGUUGUGCAUGUCAGAUCGAUUUCACCAUGGCUGAUUGGUAACUCUGUGCACCAGAUUCUGUCAUUUUGUGGUUAAAUCAACAUUUUUCCUGAAGGCAAAUCAUUAACCUCUGGCAGCGGGUGGAUUUCACAGACAUUUUGGUUUUUCUCAGGGGCAAAUCUCCUUUGGCAAUAUAAAUCUGGUUGUGGAAGACAAGAUAGUUCCUUUUAGGCAGCAAUAUAUAUAUCUCUCUAGAUUUGAAGUAUUGACAGCAAUAUAUAUAUCUCUAGAUUUGAAAUAUUAGCUCUUUCGGGCAAAUCUCCUUUGGCAAAUUUUUAAGUUCCUCUAUUGUGCUGAGAUUUCUCUACAAUACGAGAGAAGGGUUCCUUACGUGUUUGAAAACAAUUAACUUACAAGCUAUGUCCAGGUGUCAUUGGGACUUUAGCACCAAGCUGUUAGGAACAAGGGCUUUGUAAUGGAAUCUGCAUCUCGGUUGUUUAAAUAAUUUCUUCUGGUAGCUUCUACUAGUGGGAAAAUUCGUCCAUUCAUUGGGCAAAUCUCCUUUGGCAUUUAGGAGUCUACAUUAGACUUCUUUCGCUCUUCUGGGGCAAAUCUCCUUUGGCAAUUCAUCUCCAAUAUCUUGGAGAAAUAUUGUGAUCUGUGAUACAUGAUCAAUUGAUUGAGAAGACACAUUGUAUCAUCUCUUGCUUCUCUACUUUCUUUUUGAGGAAGACAUUUCAUCUGACUUGCAGUACAUCCAUAGAAGGAUUCCGCUCAAUCUGGCAGAGAUAUACAUUGUAAAGCGGGAGGUAGAAGCUUCGAUCUCUCAACCUGAGCCUUUCUGUUGAAGUUUUCUUUAACUUGUUAACUUGUGAUCAACAUCACUGAGGCCAAAAAAAACAAGGGGAUCAAGGAUCUACAUCUAUAAUUCUGAAUAGAAACAGUAAUUCUUGCAGGAAUCUGCUUCAUGGAUUUGCGCCUCACAGACUUUGACAGUUUCAGUGAAAGCAGUAGCAGUGAGGAUCAGGAUGAUGUUGAAUUUCUUUAUGGUGGACAUGCAUCUUCUAUUCUUUCAAGUCUUGAGGAAUCCAUUGGCAAAAUUGAUGAUUUCCUCUCAUUUGAAAGAGGAUUCAUGCAUGGGGAUAUUGUCUGUUCUGCAAAAGAUCCAUCUGGGCAGAUGGGAAAAGUGGUAGAUGUGGAUCUCACUGUGGACUUGGAGAAUGUUCAUGGAAGCAAAAUUCGAGAUGUCAAUUGCAAAAUUUUGAAAAAAAUUCGAUCUGUAUCAGUAGGCGACUAUGUGGUGUACGGUGCCUGGCUGGGAAAAGUGCAAAACAUAGUUGAUUGCGUAACUGUUCUUUUUGAUGAUGGAACAAAGUCUGAAUUCUCUACAAUGGGUCCAGAGAAGCUUGUACCUAUUUCUCCAGACUUACUUGAAGAUUCCCUUUAUCCUUUCUAUCCAGGACAGAGAGUACAGGUGGAAUCUUUACCUGUCUCGAAACCAACCAGGUGGCUAUGUGGUAUGAAAAAGGAUAAUAGAAAUCGAGGCACUGUCUGUUCACUGGAUGCUGGACUUGUGUAUGUAAAUUGGCUUGGUUGUGAAGUGGUAGGACAAAAGAUAUCUACUCCCUCAUCUUUGCAAGAUUUAAAAAACUUGACCUUGUUGCCAUGUUUCACUCAAGCAAACUGGCAGCUAGGUGAUUGGUGUAUACCAGUAAUUGACUGCAAGGCUCUGAAUGAAAAUAGUUUUUUAAGUCCACCAGCUAAAGGACUUAUUGAUGGAAAAGAAAAAUCAGAAGGUAUAUCUCAAAGAGGCAACUUGGUUCAUCACUUCCAGGGAAUUGCAGUUAUCACAAAGACAAAGACAAAAGUCAAUGUGCUAUGGCAGGAUGGUAGCCUUUCAGUUGGACUAGAUUCAAACUCUCUGCUUCCUGUGAGUGUAGUUGAUGCGCAUGAUUUCUGGCCUGAGCAAUUCGUGCUAGAAAAGGGAAUCUGCGAUGAUUUGCCUGUUCCCAGUGUCCAAAGAUGGGGCAUUGUGAAAUGUGUAGAUGCUAAAGAAAGAACUGUGAAGGUGGAGUGGAGAACUGUUUCCAUAGAUCAAGCAACCAGCGUUAAGCUAGAGCAGAUGGAGGAAAUUGUUAGUGCAUAUGAAUUGGUUGAACACCCAGACUACUCAUAUGCUGUUGGUGCUGUAGUUAUUAGGUUGCAGAAGUAUCAUUUUGUUUAUCAAUCUUCUGGAAAAGUUUCUGGAAACCACUUGAUAUCAAAAUGGGGUGCAGUUACAGGCACUGAGACAUAUCAUACAUAUACUGAUACAUGUGAAUGCCUGAAUGGAAAUUCCUGCCAUGAUUUCUCGUGCUGCUUUGGCAUUGUAGUUGGCUUCAAAGGUGGGGAUGUUCAAGUGAAAUGGGCUAAUGGUGCUACAACUAUGGUUGCACCAUAUGAGAUCUAUCAAGUUGACAAAUUUGAAGGUUUAUCUGCCACAGUUGCACCUUACAAUGGACACACUGAGCCAUCAAAUGAGGAGAUGAUUGUGCUUGGCGACCAAUCUUUGGAAUAUAUGGAGAAGGACCAAUCAGGUUUCAAGGCUGACAGAGAAGAGAUUGAAAAUAAGUUAAUCAGCUCUAGUUCCUCUUCUUUCCCUCAAGCAGCCAUUGGACUUUUCACUACAAUCACCUCAACCCUCUUUGGCUCCCUGGGUAGUUCACUAUUUGGAGCAUACAGAUGGUUAUCAAAAGACGAGGAAAAGGCUGUUAUCUCUAGUGAGGAGGAACUUGAACUUUGUGACAUACAUCCGGUUAGUACACCAGUGGAUAUAGGUGAAAUAGAGACAACUAAGGAAACAAAUUCAGUGCAGCACACCAAAGAGGUUGAAGAAGAAAAGGAUUGUGUGCUUCCAUGUAACAAUAAGCAUCCUGAAUUCUUCAGGCGAUUUGAUAUGGUUAAUGAUUGCUCUGACCACCAUUUUGUUGAUGGUGCUGGAAAGGGCCGGCAAUCUUCCCAGAUGAAUCGAGCUUGGCUGAAAAGAGUCCAGAAAGAAUGGAGCAUUUUAGAAAAAAAUCUUCCAGAAACGGUCUUUGUUCGUACAUAUGAGGAAAGAAUGGAUCUUCUACGAGCUGUUCUUGUAGGGGCUCCUGGAACACCAUAUCACGAUGGAUUAUUUUUCUUUGACAUUUUUCUUCCCCUGGAGUAUCCUUAUCAACCACCUAUGGUGCACUACAAUUCUGGUGGACUUCGUGUCAAUCCUAAUUUAUACGAGUCAGGCAAAAUUUGCCUUAGUCUCCUCAAUACAUGGACAGGGUCUGGAAGUGAAGUUUGGAAUCCUGAAAAUUCUACAAUUCUUCAAGUUCUCCUGUCCCUCCAAGCUCUUGUCCUUAAUGAAAAGCCUUAUUUCAAUGAGGCUGGAUAUGAUUCGCAGAUUGGAAAAUCUGAGGGUGAGAAGAACUCAGUGAGCUACAACGAAAAUGCAUUCCUUGUUAACUGCAAGUCCAUGUUAUACCUACUACGCAAGCCACCCAAGCAUUUUGAGGCACUGGUUGAGGAGCACUUUAGUCAACAUUGCAAACAUAUUCUAUUGGCUUGUAAGGCAUAUAUGAAUGGAGCUCCGGUAGGUUCAGCUUAUGGAAAUGAGAAAAUUGCACAAGGAAUAAGAAUUGAAAGCUCUAUGGGGUUCAAGAUCAUGCUUACCAAGCUCUUCCCUAGACUUGUUGAAGCAUUCUCCAGUAAGGGUAUGGACUGCAGCGACGUAUUAAAUGAGGAUAGUAGUCAUUGACCAUUAUAAAGAAAUUUGUGGCUUGUCUAUGUUAUUAAAUUUACCUUAUUCUGCAGUUGUAUUGUCUUAUGAGUGUGUAAGUACAGUUCCUGGCACCCAAACCAGUUUACUCUGGUGCUUAUGUUGUUUGUGAAUGUAUGUGAGGACAAAGGCAUGAGAAAACUCCGCAUGUUCUGCUAUGUAUCUGUAAUUCUGUAUAUAGGCUUGAAAUAAAUUUCAGUCGACCAAAAAAAUGCUCUGUUGCUGCAGAUCUGCUCCUAAACUGUAAGCUUGCAGUUGCUGGAGAAAAAUGCAGUAACAGCUAGUUGACUGGAGGGUUUGUUGAGUAUUA